UCUUUGCACCUUUCACUCCAUCUUCGUCAAGGUCGCAACUACCCACAUCCCUCACACAUUCACGAACCACCCUCUUCCAUUCACCAAGUCAUCAUGGCAGCCGCAGCUGAAGCCGCCGGCCUCAAAUACGAUGCCGUCGAGAGCAUCCCGCAGAUCAACAAGGAGCUUCGUGCUGCCUUCUUGACGGGCAAGACUCGCUCCAUCGAGUACCGUCAGAACCAGCUCAAGCAACUUGCAUUCAUGUUGCAGGACAAUGAGGACGCCUUCUGCGAGGCCCUCAACAAGGACUUGGGUCGCCACAAGUUCGAGAGCAUGUUCGCCGAGCUCAUGACCACCAUCACCGAAGCAGUCGAAGCAGUCCACAGCGUCAAGUCAUGGGCCAAGAAGGAGAAGGUUUCUCCUGGUCUCGCCUGGGGAUUUCACAACCCUCACGUCCGUCGCGAGCCAAAGGGAACCGUCCUCAUCCUCGGCGCGUGGAAUUAUCCCUUGACAGUCCAGAUCGGCCCUCUUAUCGGCGCCAUCGCUGCGGGCAACACUUGCGUGCUCAAGCCCUCCGAGGUGUCGGCCCAUUCGGCCAAGCUCAUCUCCGACCUCUUCCCCAAGUAUCUCGACCCUGAGUGCUACCGCGCUGUCAACGGUGGUAUCCCUCAGUCCACCGCGCUGCUUGACUGCAGGUGGGAGCACAUUCUCUACACCGGUAACGGUACUGUAGGCCGCAUCGUCGCCGAAAAGGCAGCCAAGUGGCUCUGCCCCACCACCCUUGAGCUGGGCGGUAAGUCACCUACCUGGGUAGACGAGACGGCCGACUUGCCCAUUGCGGCCAAGCGCAUUCUUUGGGGAAAGCAAUUCAACGUCGGCCAGACGUGCGUUGCACCCGACUAUGUGCUCUGCACGAAGAAGGUCCAGUCGCAGCUCGUCGCCGAGUUCAAGAAGGCGGCCGAUCAAUUCUGGCCCAAGGGACAGGAGGCUGCCACUGACCAGCAGAGCAAGAUGGUCAACGAGGGACACUGGAAGCGUGUCAAGGGGAUGCUCGAGGGCACCAACGGCAAGAUUGUGCUCGGUGGGCCGCCCGAGGACAACAAGUCGCAGAGCCGCGCAUUCCCCCUGGUCGUCGUAUCUGAUGUCAAGCCCGACGACUCCAUCAUGACUGGCGAGAUCUUUGGUCCCGUCCUUCCCAUCGUCGCAGUCCAGAACGUCGACGAGGCAAUCCAGUUCAUCAACUCGCGCGACCAGCCUCUCGCCCUUUACUCCUUCUCAGCUAACAGCGACAAGCUCAUCGAGAACUGCCGCUCGGGCGGUGUCCUCACCGGAGACAUCCUUCUGCACAACGCCGUCGGCUCUCUUCCCUUCGGCGGCACCGGUCCCUCGGGGUACGGAGCUUACCACGGCAAGUGGGGCUUCGACGAGUUCUCCCACAAGCGUGCCGUGCUUGAGGCCCCCCACAGGGGUAUCAUGGGCCACGCCGUUGAGAUGCUCAUGAAGGGCCGCUACCCGCCUUACAACAUCAAGAACCUGAGCAUGCUCGGCUUCCUGGCUGGCAAGAAGGCCAACUUUGCCCGCCCCAAGAACCCGCACGCUUCGGUUACCAAGCCCAACUCCUCUGGCCUCGUGAGGAAGCUCGUCUACCUCGUCGCUCUACUUUCGCUCGUCCUCGGUGCGCGCUCGAGAGGGCUGAUCACGGCCUUCUAAGCAACUAGACUCCACUCGUCACCUUUGCAAAAA